CAGGAAUCCGAUGGCGCUCCCAGGCCAGAGGCUUACCAUCAUCAUCAUGCUCCGGUGUUCUCAGCACUCCGCCAGGCCCGUGUGGUGUCGUCCACCUCCGAGGAGGAAGAGGCCCUGACAGAGAAGUUCCUCAAAAUCAAUUGCAAGUACAUCACAGACGGCAAGGUAUAUAUAAUGUAUAUUCAUAUAUAUUACAGUACUAUACAGUGUAUAUAUAGUAUAUUCUAUAUAUAAUAUAAGUACAGUAUUAUACGGUAAGCGCGUGGAGAAGUUCAGAGGAUGUUCAGGAAUGCUGGCCCUCUGCCAGCCAACAUCCACCUCUAGCAGCUCAGAUCCAUGCUAUUGAACAAUGAAACCAAUAUUGAUCCAUUCAGUCUAAAUCAAAGCUUCGCAGCUUUUCCCCCCACAUGGAGGUCAGUAUUGGAGCUUCCUGUUCAUAGUCAAUAUCCUUCAGUUGCUUUAGGAUACUUACAGUACAGCCAUUUUGUUUAUUUAUGCUGGCAAGGUAAUACAUCUCUUCCACUAAAUGGCUGACACAUUUCUUUCACUGCAAGCUUUUUCAUGCUCAAUGUCUAGCUAUAUUACUCUGUCUAACCCUCUCUUUAUCUCUGUCUCUCGGUCUCUCUCUCUGUCUGUCUCUCUCUCUCUCUCUGUCUCUGUCUCGCUCUCGCUCUCGCUCUCGCUCUCUCUCUCGCUCUCUCUCUCUCUCUGUCUCUCUCUCGCUCUCUCUCCCUCCCCCCUCCCUCUCUCUCCAUCCCCCCUCCAGGGUGCGGUGAGCGGGGUGUUGCUGGUGACGCCCAACAACAUAAUGUUUGACCCCCACAGGAUGGACCCUCUGGUGCAGGAGCACGGCUGUGAGGAGUACGGCUACAUGUGUCCCCUGGAGGAGGUCAUGUCUGCAGCCAUCUACAAGGAGAUCACUGACAGCAAGAUCAGAGAGGCCGUGCCCGCGUAAGAGCCCUGUCGUCUGUCUGACAGUCACACACAGGGGUCGUGUUCAUUAGCGCACACUGAUUACAUCAGCAACCAUCCGUUUUGUGCCUACUGAAUCACACUACCAGGGAUGUAUUGGAGAGGAGGAGCGUUUACGGACCUAUUACACAAAAUGAACGUUGUUUGCAUUUGCGUUUACGUUACACAUCACUCGUUUACCCACUUUUUUUCUACCACUCCCUCCCUGGUCACACUCAGCAUCACAGCCCCUCCGUAAUCACUUCAUCAGCCCGGCACUGCAGGCGCACACUGAUUACAUCAGCAACCAACCAACAGAUUAAUUAUAUUCCUCCAUGCCAACAAUAAAAAGGAAAUGGCAAUUAUAGCAAGGUUAAUGAACUAUGCAUUCACCCACCUACGUCUGGAUUGCUCACCCAUUUGCUUGAUGUAAUAAUAUAUCCACUUCAGCAGCCAGCUUAGUUUAUCUCCAUGGCAUGCCACCCACAUACAGAUCUCCUACCGUCUCUGUUUUUAUUAGCAAUUUAACAUGGAUUGUUUGCUCAGAUCAAGAUAAUUGUGUUAUAUUAAUACUAUGCUGAAAUCUUACCAAUAUAGCGUUAGCUAUUUGUAGCUGUGGUCUUCUGCGGCUCAGUUUUUAAGAGCGCGGCGCUAGCGAUGCCAAGGUCGUAGGUUCACGUCCCGCUGAGAUCACGUACACAUGCUAAUUAUGUAUGCACUUACUGAACUGUAAGUUGGAUGAAAGUGUCUGCUAAGAGGCAUAUAUUAUUAUUAUUAUUAUUGUAACUAUAGAGCUAUGCUUAGCCCUUCCACUAUAGUUCCUGUAUGUCUGUGAAUGUUCAGUGGUGGAUUUGGACUGUGUUAAGUGUUCAGAUCUCAUGGAGCAUCUAUUGUGAUGUCUAAUGGUUAUUGGCUGCAGUCCAAGCAUGUUAUUUUUAACCCCUCAUCCCUUGCGCUAGCCACUUUCCCUCUGGGGAAUCCCCGUCGAUACCAGAUGCAGUUUGAUUGCCAUCUUAAGUGGAGGUCCAAUUCACUAACGUUGCCCCCUCGGCCCUCGAUUUAGCUUGAGGGAGCGAGUGAACAACUUUGGUCACUUGCGGGGUUGAUAUGACCCACAAUUCAAUGCAAACUGUAGUCACAUGUCAAACUGUGGUGGCCGAAGUGUCAAAUGGAAUCAACAAGCCUGAAUUUUCGGCAUUUCAGAAAGACUAUAAAACUAGCUAGCCAGCUAUGGGUAACUGUAGCUAGCUACCUGACAGGAGUGCUAGCUAGAUACAUUAGCAUACUAGGUACAUUAAUAGCUUUAGGUUGGUUGUUUUUAAGCUCAAGAUUUUCACCAAGGACAUUGCCUCUCCGAUCAUCACUCUCCCUCGCUUGGGCAAGGGACAUUUAAGAUGUAAAACGCCAUUCAAGGGCAGAGGGUUUAGGGCCGAGAGCUGUCUUCUUUGAGUUUGAAACGCAGCCAUUGUCUCUGUGUAUGAGGACAGCUGUUUUCUCAAAUGUGAUGCAAGCAGACUCUGUCUUAAAGAGCACACAAUAACAAAGGCCUGCCUGUGUGCCAACCAGUGUUUUGUUAUCAUACACACAGCUGGAGCUAGGAGCAAACUAUUUUAGUCCCACAACAGGUCUUUGGAGAACCUGUGGAGUCUAGUGUGCUGUUACAAUAUGUAGAGGAAUCCUGUUAGUUGGCUGGCUGGCUGCACAGUGUUUCUGUUACACUGUGUCCCUGUUAAUUUACUGUACAAAACCUCUUCAUAUUAUUAUGCAGAGCAGUUCACUUACAGAUCUCAUUCAUAGAUUCAUAUUGAGAGGAUUACUUGUUUCACCUGGUCUCUCCACACUAUACUGUAAUAAACAAAAGAAAACUGUGCCAUUCUGCUGCAUUCAAAUUCAGACCUCUCUAACUUGUAUUUUCUUCUUUACUGAUUUCUUCCCUAUCCAGACACCUGGAGCCUUUGACAUCAGAGCGCGGGCCCUCCACCUCCUCUCAGCCGGACCCGGAGCAGCGUCUGAGAGUCCCGGGCAACAACAGCGGCAGCGCGGCCCCCCGCAGCACAGAGGGCUCCUUCUCCGAGGAUGUCUUCCCCGAGUCAGAGCUGUCCCCCAUCCGGGAGGAGGCUGCGUCCUCCGAAGACCUCCAGCUGGACAAGUCCUCCUCAGCCACAGCCUCCACAGAAUCCAUCCAAACUGUCACCCAGGUGGAGGCCACCAUCCCCCCAGGUGCCCCAAGCAGCGCCCGCAGGUCAGUUUGCCAGCCACCAACGGAGGGCCAGGAGAAACAACCCACCACAGCAGAGGACAAUCCAGACAGCCACACGGCCCAGAGCCAGUCUCCCAUGGGCUCCAAGCAGCACAGUGUGGAUGUGGAGAAGGCAGCACCAAGCACACCCACCACCAGCCAGGGACCAGACCAGGGACCCUCCUCACGUCCUGCCUCCCAGAGCUCUACCACCGGGCCUGGGGAGCCCUCCGGCCAGGAGGGGGGUCCGGGAGACAGGCCCAAGCUGAGCAGAGAGGGGUCCCGGGACUCCGAGACGGACGUGGAGGAACUGAGGAAGAUGUGGAAGAGUCACACUAUGCAACAAGCCACAGAGCAAAUGGAGAAUGUAACACAAAAUGAGGAGGGACAGGACUCUGCAGAAGGUAGUGAGACAACGUGUCUUUGUUGUAUUAUGAAAAUAUGAAAUACAUAGCCUUAGACUAUGCACUUCCAUUGUUUUUCAGUAGGUGCGAAAAUAUGUUCAGCUUCCAUUUCGACCCUACUUGAGUUCUCAACAUGAAGGCAAAUCUAUAGACAGUUAUUGCAGAUUAUUACAAAUCCUCACUGCCAGGUAUGCCGUUGCCAUUUGCCGUCUCUGCAACUAUCAUCAUAAUGCAACUAUUCUAAUGAAGCUCCCAGUGCUAUCACAGUAAAGUUGGCUCUGGCUGCUUCCGUACACCUCGGCUGCUGGGUGCUCCUGAUAACCUCCCUGUCACAGCUUUGUGCCUCCCCAGUUGUAAUUGGAAUAAGAAAGGGAGAGGGAACUGUGUGGUGUGCUGUUAUCACCUAGAGGAAUGAGCAGAGGCAUUAUACACCGCUUUGAUCUAGCUCUGCUGUUAGCCGGUCUGCUGCCACAUGCACUCAACUCCAAAAAUCAAACACAAAGAGACACCACAAAUACCCACACGUAACUGAGGGGAAACACAAUAUCGUUUAGACCGCCUGCAUUAAAAACCCUCAGAGACACGUGCAGCAUUUAAAGUGACUUAACUAUUUACAUUUUAUAGCUGCCUUCUCUUUUUGGUUUGAUGUCUUUUUCAGUAAACAUAGCAUAUUUCUUACCCUAGAACAUAGACUAACGUUACCAUGGUAGUGUGCAGGCUCAAACUACUACUGUGUUCUGGUCCUCUGUAGCUCAAUUGGUAGAGCAUGGCGCUUGUAACGCCAGGGUAGUGGGUUCCAUCCCCGGGACCACCCAUACGUAAACAUUUAUGCACACAUGACUGUAAGUCGCUUUGGAUAAAAGCGUCUGCUAAAUGGCAUAUUAUAUUAUAUUAUAUUAUGCCUGCUAUAGGUACAGUAUGUUAUUCUUCCACUGUUCUACAGUUCUAUGUGAGCUCUAGUGCCUCACUUAGUUGUGUUCAGACCUGGGUUCUAAUCAUAUUUGUUUUCUUUCAAACACUUUUGCUGCAUCUGAUUGUUUGCCUGGCGCAUUGGAACCAAUGGAAUAGUCCCAAAAGUGCAAAUCCCGCCCAUCUGGCACUCCAGGCAGGCUCAAUCAAACUCAAAGUAUUUUUGAAAGAAAACGAAUACUGGUUGAACCCAGUCUGGUUGUGUUCCCAUCAUUUAUAUCACUCUAAUUCUCACCCCACAGAGAGUUCCUAGAAUGUCUGCUCUAAUUCGCUGGGAUCACAGCUGUGUUCUGCUUUACUCCACACCACAUUACCAUGGCAGACGCUAGCCAAGGCCCCACUUCAAAACAAGCUGAAUUACACACGCAAUUACUGUUUUUUCAAAUAGAAUUUCUCCCACUGAGCUAUAAAACAUAGCUCAGUGGGAGAAAUUCUAUUUGAAAACGCAGUAAUUGUGUGUGUAUUUCAGCUUGUUUUGAAGUAGAUUAACCAUUUCUCUGCCUCUGUUUGUGACUAUGGGUCCCAGUCUGUGUUGUCACAAAGUGUCUCUUUUCUUUGUAGAACUCCUACUGAUUUGACCUUCUAAUGGUCGUUAAUAAAAGCAGGCAUAUGUUUUGGUGUCAUGAUCUGUUAUGAGCUAUGUUUAUUUGGGUCAUCUUCCUAUUAUUCUGGCACAAAAUGACUGUCUGUUGAGAUACCUGGUAAACAGGGGAGGAGAUCUAGGUCACAUAAAGACCCUGUUGUCAAAUAGAUCUGAAAUGUUUUCUUAUUUACAGAUGGAUUAGGUCCAGUUCUAUAUUGGUGGUGGUGAGGGACUACUAGAUAAUAAGAGUAUAUGUUUUAAACCAGGAGUAGGCCUACAUUCGGUCAAUCACUAAAGUGAAACAUAUUCUGGAAGAUUGAAAUCAGAUUGGUAUCAGCUUUGACCCUGUAACUAUUAAGAUGGAUAAGAUAAUAAUUAAUCAUCAUGUGAUUAUUUCCUGUUUGUCGUGUGGCCCUACAGUGUCCACAGAGCGACGGAGGCACCGGUCCCACAAGUUCCUGUGUCUGCGGGUGGGCCAGCCCAUGAAGAAGACUUUUGUGUCCAACGCCAGCGCCUCCAUGCAGCAGUACGCCCAGAGGGACAGGAAACACGAGUACUGGUUCGCUGUGCCGCAGGAGAGGUGAGUGUGUGUGUGUGUGUGUGUGUGUGUGUGUGUGCACCACACUGCAGCGCCAAGGUUUGCAGAAUCACUGUAGUGCAGCCCCAAUGUCUGCCAAGCGCCAAGCCCAUCUCACUAUGCUGCCACCAGACCAGACCAGACAGCUAGAUUAUUUAUUUAUUCACCCACUCUGCAGACACACACACUCUCACACACACAUACAGUGGGGAGAACAAGUAUUUGAUACACUGCCGAUUUUUCAGGUUUUCCUACUUACAAAGCAUGUAGAGGUCUGUAAUUUUUGUCAUAGGUACACUUCAACUGUGAGAGACGGAAUCUAAAACAAAAAUCCAGAAAAUCACAUUGUAUGAUUUUUAAGUAAUUAAUUUGCAUUUUAUUGCAUGACAUAAGUAUUUGAUACAUCAGAAAAGCAGAACUUAAUAUUUGGUACAGAAACCUUUGUUUGCAAUUACAGAGAUCAUACGUUUCCUGUAGGUCUUGACCAGGUUUGCACACACUGCAGCAGGGAUUUUGGCCCACUCCUCCAUACAGACCUUCUCCAGAUCCUUCAGGUUACGGGGCUGUCGCUGGGCAAUACGGACUUUCAGCUCCCUCCAAAGAUUUUCUAUUGGGUUCAGGUCUGGAGACUGGCUAGGCCACUCCAGGACCUUGAGAAAUGCUUCUUACGGAGCCACUCCUUAGUUGCCCUGGCUGUGUGUUUCGGGUCAUUGUCAUGCUGAAAGACCCAGCCACGUUUCAUCUUCAAUGCUCUUACUGAGGGAAGGAGGUUGUUGGCCAAGAUCUCGCGAUACAUGGCCCCAUCCAUCCUCCCCUCAAUACGGUGCAGUCGUCCUGUCCCCUUUGCAGAAAAGCAUCCCCAAAGAAUGAUGUUUCCACCUCCAUGCUUCACGGUUGGGAUGGUGUUCUUGGGGUUGUACUCAUCCUUCUUCUUCCUCCAAACACGGCGAGUGGAGUUUAGACCAAAAAGCUCUAUUUUUGUCUCAUCAGACCACAUGACCUUCUCCCAUUCCUCCUCUGGAUCAUCCAGAUGGUCAUUGGCAAACUUCGGACGGGCCUGGACAUGCGCUGGCUUGAGCAGGGGGACCUUGCGUGCGCUGCAGGAUUUUAAUCCAUGAUGGCAUAGUGUGUUACUAAUGGUUUUCUUUGAGACUGUGGUCCCAGCUCUCUUCAGGUCAUUGACCAGGUCCUGCCAUGUAGUUCUGGGCUGAUCCCUCACCUUCCUCAUGAUCAUUGAUGCCCCACGAGGUGAGAUCUUGCAUGGAGCCCCAGACCAAGGGUGAUUGACCGUCAUCUUGAACUUCUUCAAUUUUCUAAUAAUUGCGCCAACAGUUGUUGCCUUCUCACCAAGCUGCUUGCCUAUUGUCCUGUAGCCCAUCCCAGCCUUGUGCAGGUCUACAAUUUUAUCCCUGAUGUCCUUACACAGCUCUCUGGUCUUGGCCAUUGUGGAGAGGUUGGAGUCUGUUUGAUUGAGUGUGUGGACAGGUGUCUUUUAUACAGGUAACGAGUUCAAACAGGUGCAGUUAAUACAGGUAAUGAGUGGAGAACAGGAGGGCUUCUUAAAGAAAAACUAACAGGUCUGUGAGAGCCGGAAUUCUUACUGGUUGGUAGGUGAUCAAAUACUUAUGUCAUGCAAUAAAAUGCAAAUUAAUUACUUAAAAAUCAUACAAUGUGAUUUUCUGGAUUUUUGAAAACCUGCAAAAUCGGCAGUGUAUCAAAUACUUGUUCUCCCCACUGUACAUAAAUUAUUUUUCACAGAGGGAACUCAACUAACCACUUCUUUCCCUGUGUGAAAAGUGGACCAGGUUGUGAAAAGCAGUCCAGUUAUAUAGAUUUUGUGCAGUAUUUCAGUGUGCUUUGGAUGACAUUUCUGCCCACAAUUUCGACUCCUCUGGGAUGUUGGCCAGCAAUGUCAGCAGUAUUCAUAAUGAGUGUAUCAUUUACAGUGGGGGAAAAAAAGUAUUUAGUCAGCCACCAAUUGUGCAAGUUCUCCCACUUAAAAAGAUGAGAGAGGCCUGUAAUUUUUCAUCAUAGGUACAUGUCAACUAUGACAGACAAAAUGAGAAAAAAAAAUCCAGAAAAUCACAUUGUAGGAUUUUUAAUGAAUUUAUUUGCAAAUUAUGGUGGAAAAUAAGUAUUUGGUCAAUAACAAAAGUUUCUCAAUAUUUUGUUAUAUACCCUUUGUUGGCAAUGACACAGGUCAAACGUUUUGUGUAAGUCUUCACAAGGUUUUCACACACUGUUGCUGGUAUUUUGGCCCAUUCCUCCAUGCAGAUCUCCUCUAGAGCAGUGAUGUUUUGGGGCUGUCGCUGGGCAACAUGGACUUUCAACUCCCUCCAAAUAUUUUCUAUGGGGUUGAGAUCUGGAGACUGGCUAGACCACUCCAGGACCUUGAAAUGCUUCUUACGAAGCCACUCCUUCGUUGCCCGGGCGGUGUGUUUGGGAUCAUUGUCAUGCUGAAAGACCCAGCCACGUUUCAUCUUCAAUGCCCUUGCUGAUGGAAGGAGGUUUUCACUCAAAAUCUCACGAUACAUGGCCCCAUUCAUUCUUUCCUUUACGCGGAUCAGUCGUCCUGGUCCCUUUGCAGAAAAACAGCCCCAAAGCAUGAUGUUUCCACCCCCAUGCUUCACAGUAGGUAUGGUGUUCUUUGGAUGCAACUCAGCAUUCUUUGUCCUCCAAACACGACGAGUUGAGUUUUUACCAAAAAGUUAUAUUUUAGUUUCAUCUGACCAUAUGACAUUCUCCCAAUCCUCUUCUGGAUCAUCCAAAUGCACUCUAGCAAACUUCAGACGGGCCAGGACAUGUACUGGCUUAAGCAAGGGGACACGUCUGGCACUGCAGGAUUUGAGUCCCUGGCGGCGUAGUGUGUUACUGAUGGCAGGCUUUGUUACUUUGGUCCCAGCUCUCUGCAGGUCAUUCACUAGGUCCCCCCGUGUGGUUCUGGGAUUUUUGCUCACUGUUCUUGUGAUCAUUUUGACCCCACGGGGUGAGAUCUUGCGUGGAGCCCCAGAUCGAGGGAGAUUAUCAGUGGUCUUGUAUGUCUUCCAUUUCCUAAUAAUUGCUCCCACAGUUGAUUUCUUCAAACCAAGCUGCUUACCUAUUGCAGAUUCAGUCUUCCCAGCCUGGUGCAGGUCUACAAUUUUGUUUCUGGUGUCGUUUGACAGCUCUUUGGUCUUGGCCAUAGUGGAGUUUGGAGUGUGACUGUUUGAGGUUGUGGACAGGUGUCUUUUAUACUGAUAACAAGUUCAAACAGGUGCCAUUAAUACAGGUAACGAGUGGAGGACAGAGGAGCCUCUUAAAGAAGAAGUUACAGGUCUGUGAGAGCCAGAAAUCUUGCUUGUUUGUAGGUGACCAAAUACUUAUUUUCCACCAUAAUUUGCAAAUAAAUUCAUUAAAAAUCCUACAAUGUGAUUUUCUGGGGGAAAAAUGCUCAAUUUGUCUGUCAUAGUUGACGUGUACCUAUGAUGAAAAUUACAGGCCUCUCUCAUCUUUUUAAGUGGGAGAACUUGCACAAUUGGUGGCUGACUAAAUACUUUUUUCCCCCACUGUAGGCCUUUCAAAGAACACCCAAUACAAGGAAAUAUGUAUCUUCAUCAAAAGCUGUAAAAUAUGUUUUUCUAGUGAAUUAUUCCAAAUUGCUUCAACAGUUUAAUUCGAUUAGUUAAUGCUGAAAAGUCACUUAGUUGCAAUGACCUCAUUAUCAGUGUUGGGUCCAAGCACAGUGCUGCCUUUGUCUCCAGUCCUGGACAGAGGGAGGACAGAAAGUUAUGAAUCUGAUCAGAUGUUUGACCAGCCAUUCUUUGACUAUGGAAACUCUGCCCUUCAGCAGUUUUCAGUCCCAGUAGCCAGUAGGCUUGUGUUGACCAGCACAGCACAGCACACAACACACUCCUCUCAGUCGCACAUGUUAAUCUCAUUUGAAGCAGGCAGACAGGCGUGUGUCUUGUCUCUGGUCACAGACACAGUCACACCACCAUCACCAUGCCAUUGUGGGGUGGUUGGAAUGUGUUUAUCUCAGAAUGGCUCCUGUAAUGCUGCCCCGUUCCUCUGCUGGCUCUGUUCCCAUGGACAGCACAGUGAAUUUACACACACACACCCGUGCACAGACGCGCACACUUACACAUACUCACAUACACGCACGCACACACACACGUGCACACACACACCCACACACACAUAUGUAAACACACACAUACAUUACUCACGUACACACUGGCAGACUGACUAUGUCUGCUGACUGACCUAGUUGAGUGGCGACCCAGAAGAUGUGUGUAAAGUAUCCUGACAAUGGUGGGAGAGUUCCAGGCAGUGGGGAAAAAUACCAUAUACAGCCUGAUACAUACAGACACAAGACAGCAGUGGCAUAACAGCCUCAUGCCAUUUAGAGACGGCCAUUUUGAGACUAAAGUGUCCACUUUACAUGUGAAAUUAAAGUGUUGCGAGGGUUAGGAUGUCGGUAGGCUAUCAGAAUAUGGCUGAAAGUUGGCAGAAAUAUAUUCAUAACAGUAUUCAUAACCAAUAAAACCGCAAGACGGUUGUUGACAUAAAUUGACAUAAACAUUCAUGGAAUUUUUACGUACCGAUUAUGAAUACGGUAUGUAUGGGUUAUGAAUGUGUUAUGAAGUCCUUAUGUAGGUACUGUUCUCUUCAAGUAAAGUGUUACCAUCAUUUCUGUAAUUCUGUGUCUGACUCUCUGUGUUUCUACCUCGCUCCCCUCCCCAGGUCCGAGCACCUGUAUGUGUUCUUCGUCCAGUGGAGUCCAGACAUGUAUGGGGAGGGGGUGAAGGGCAUCGGGCACGAGCCAGGGUUCAUGGUGGUCAAGAAGCCUUCAGGGUCCGAGACUGGGGAAGACGAACCCCUCACGGAUAUCAACAACAAAGAGUGGGAGGUAAGGACUAGAGAACUGAGGUGUUCAACACUACAUUCUACACUGUUGUUUCUUACAUGGCUGGAUUGUGCUGUACAGUAGUAUGUGUAGUAGUUACAUUACACGGAGUGUACAAAACAUUAGGAACACCCUCCUAAUAAUGAGUUGCAGCCCCUUUUGCCCUCAGAACAGCUUCAAUUCGUCAGGGCAUGGACUUUACAAGGUGUUGAAAGCGUUGCACAGGGAUGCUGGCCCAUGUUGACUCCAAUGCUUCCCACAGUUGUGCCAAAUUGGCUAGAUGUCCUUUGGGUGGUGGACCAUUCUUGAUACACAGGGGAAACUGUUCAGCGUGAAAAACCCAGCAACGUUGCAGUUCUUGACACACUCAAACUGGUGCGCCUGACACCUACUACCAUACCCCGUUCAAAGGCGCUUAAAUCUUUUGUCUUGCGCGUUCACCCUCUGAAUGGCACACAUGUACAAUCCGUGUCUCAAUUAUCUCAUGGCUUUAAAAUCCUUCUUUAACCUGUCUCCUCUCAUUCGUCUACACUGAUUGAAGUGACAUCAGUAAGGGAUCAUAGCUUUCACCUGGAUUCACCCGGUCAGUCUAUGUCAUGAAAAGACCAGGUGUUCCUAAUGUUUUGUACACUCAGUGUAUAUUUACUUACUCAUCCAGCCUGUGUUGUAGUCCAUAUGCGUUCUAUUUGUUAUAUGCUUUCAUUCAGUCAAGUGAUUUAUUUUGUAGUGAUAUGACUGUGUGUAGUGUUAAAUGGAAUGCAUUUGCAUUGUUAUUCAGCCGUCAUUAUUGUUCUGUGCUUCUUAAGGAUAUUUGUGUGUUCAAAUUAUUGCACAGUCACUUAUGAUUACAUUGUUUUGAUAAAUCUGUCCAAGUGUUUGCUUGAUGUGUUACAGUUAUGGUUAUUGUGUAAUUUGUGUGAAUAAUAUUUCCUUUGGUCGGAAAUGCGCAAUUUUCACUCAGAUUACAACAACCACAAUGUUUUGCAUGAUCGUGUAAUCAUUUUGUUACAAGUCAGUUGUCCACGUUAUUAAUGCAGUGUAUAUUGCAUGCAUCAAUAUCUCUGUUGUCGUCGGUCAUCACAAACUGUAGUUUUGCUGGAUGACCGGACUGACUGACAGACUGACUGUGGUGUUCCGCAGUUGUAGACAGAUGGAUGAAAAGCUGGUUUGUUUAAGGCCGGGAAGGCACAUAGUGAAUUCUUUCAAAUAUCUGGGCAUUCUUGUGACCAUAAUAUACAUAGUUGUGUUCAGUUCUCUCAUUCUCUGCUCUAUCCUUAAUAGUGGCUUUAUGGGAUUUUAAUUUACCCUCAAAUGUGGAAGUAGGGUUUUGGGAUUUAAGAAGCAAGAUUUUGAAAGAACAAAUUAAGGACUGUUAAUGCAUUAAUCUGGUGUGAAUGUAGAGGAAUGGGAAAACGCCCAGUGUGUGGACAUGGCUGCACAUGCUUGAGGCAUAAUGGAGAGAGGAUACAUUCUUUGCAUACAGAAAUGGAUAUGCAAGCUGUGGCUGGGAUUAACAUGUUAAUGUAAAUGAAUGAUGUAGGAAACAAAGUGGGAUUUGUUUGGGCCUGGUCCUGAAGAGGCUACAUGAUCGAGUGAUUUGAAUAAGUAAUUAGUUGCCUCACUUUUACGUUGACCCUUUCAGAGGUAAACAUGAAUUUUAAACAACACUUCGAUUAUUUGUCUGUAAUGACUGUAAUGCUGUUAGCCUUUUCUCGUACUUUAUUUGGUCAUUGAUCAUUAGGUCUACUGUGCUUUAUGUGUUGUAUGUCAUGCAAUAUGGCAAAUAUGACAAGUCAAGCUACUUCAAGGAUUAACGUUUGAUGUGUGCCCAAACUACUCAAAGGUGAUCCACAAAGCGUUUUAUUGUUACAGUGACGUUAGUCGAGAAGUGCAUUUGAUCUCCCUACAGUACCUCAUGAAACAUUACAAAAAGUGUACUGGUAUUAUAUCUUUAAAUUGCUCUAGUGAAGAAUGCAAGUAGGAAGUGCCUUCUGCCUUUGAGCAAAUAAGGAGCUGGCUUUGCUCAUGUCCUGCAUUCCCAUUGGCUCUUGAGAGUGUCAAACAAACAUCAGAAGACCCAUAUGAAAUGUUUCUAUUUUAGUUAGCUAGAUUCCCAGCCUGUCCGGUGUUUGGUUCAACCUCGACUUGUGGAGAUUGGAAUUACUUCAAGAAUCUGGAAUGUGACUGUCGAGCUCAACCUCACCCCGAAAGAAAGAAAUGUUCUCUAGAAGGGUGAAGGAAGAAACGCCGCUGACCCCUAAGUACACUUAUGUAUGUAUCCAUAACAGUCCGUGUUUUAGCUACGCGUGUUUUGUUGUUGUUAGCCUGUGAGCUACAUAGCUGGAUGGUUAGCUUGCUAGCUAAAUAGAAAUGGCUUGCCCAGUGACUGACUGAAAUCAAAAUAGCCACUGACAUAUUUGAUGAGUCUAAAAAGACAGCGCUUGAUGUUGUUGUCGCUACUUCCUUCUUUUUAUCACUCAUUUCUUUGGGUUCUCGUUUUGGAAAGUUUUGAGGUUCGAACUUCAGUUUUUUUUUUUGUAUCUAACGUUAGUAACUAAUAACAUCGUAGCUAACCUUGCAACAUUGUAUCAAUGCACUGUAUAUAGCUUACAGUUCUACAAUUUCCAUUGCAUUGACAGUGAUUGGCUUCUCUGUAAUGGUGAGAAAUUAUAUCCAUAACGUUAGUUGGAUAGGCUAAUGUUUUGGAAAGAAUGACCUUCAUGUAAGUUGUUAUUUGGGAGGAAGGGAAGUAGAGAAUCGCGUGCUUGUUGGAGUCUGGUCCCAGAUCUUUGUGCUCUUGCAAAAUCCAUUGCUCAUUGUCAAAAACAAACAGACGGGCACUCAGCGAUGGUCGUUUGGCCAGCCUUAAACCUUCCUCCUAAACACUGAAGGUGGGGACUGCAGCAAACUGGCCCUGACUUGGCUUUUCUCAAUAGACUGCACUUUAGUGCCAGCUAAAGUUAGGCUCCAAAUAAAUAUUUUAUGAACGCUGUAGUUUACCCUUUUCUUUGCAUUAUUGAGAACUGUAAUGUGACAACUUGUUUGGGAGAAGGUUAUUUACUCCACCAGUAGUAAGGUAACUAAAGAGGUGUUUCAAGGUAACUUAUUUCUGCUUGACCCAAGUUUGCUCAAUCCAACUUGACUCAAUUAGCUUUUACCUAGUUUAUGGCAGCAAUUAAUUUAGAGCCUAAUUCUAUAGUACAGUGGUUCCCAACCUGGGGUCCUGCGCCCCCCUCGCCAGAGUUCACAGGGGGGGGUGGGAUCUCAUUUGCUUUGAGGUCAAACAUGCAUAAAAUGUUCCACUAUAAUUUAAUUGUCAAAUUAAUACAUUUUAAAAUGUUAUUAAAAAUAAUAUGCUUGCAAUGCCAAGGCCAAUCUAAAAAAUAAUAAUAAUGACAGAGAAACGUAAAAGCGGUAAUUCCCCGAAAGAAUGUGUGCACGUCAAUGACCUGCGCUCAAUCAGUUUCAGCUAGCAGCGAGUUUUUCCUGCAGUCAGAGCAUCACUAUUUUAUGAAUAAAGAAAUGUAAAAGUGCUGAUGACUCAUCAUCAAAAAAUAAAGUAAGGCUAUAUCUUGAGAGUUAUCUUAACUUCGGAUUUAUUGAAGGACAGGACAGGACUCAGUGUCAUUUGUGGCAAGAAGCUAGCUAAUGACAGCAUGAAGCCAAGCAAAAUGCAACGACACAAGGAAACAAAACACCAGGAGACUAUUGGUGAAGGUCAGGAUUUUUUUGAGAGGAAGAAGCAGUUGGCACUAUCAAAAAGAUCCACAGACAUCAGAAAAGCAUUUGAAAGAGCAGGCAGUGAUUUACACAGAGCCACAGAGGCAUCAUUUCAGUGUUGGCUAUUAAUUGCCAAGGCUAAAAAGCCGGACAAUAUUGGAGAGCAGCUAAUCAAACCCGCCUGCCUGAAAAUUGUAGAGAGGCUGCGGCCCACAAGUGGUAGAGAAAGUGAGAACCGUCCCACUCUCUGACAACACUGUCAAAGACAGAAUUGAUCAAAUGGCUGAAGAUUGUCAAAACCAGCUGAACGAGAAGCUUCAGGUUCCCUUUGCCAUUCAGUUGGAUGAAGCAACAACAGUGUCAGACGAAUCCGUGCUCAUCGUUUAUGUGCAAUAUAUUGACAGUGAUGACUUGAAACAAGACAUAUGUCUACCAAUCUAGCCACAACAACAACAGGCCAAGAUAUUUUUUAUAGCUAUGGACUCAUAUCUCUCGUCCAACAAUCUGCCCUACGAGAAUAUUGUUGCAUGCUGCACUGAUGGGGCUGCAGCGUUGAUGGGCAAAAACAAGGGAUUUAACAGCCGAUUGAAGGAAAAAGCCCCAGGGUGCGCAAUUUUCCACUGCAUGCUACAUCGCCAAGCAUUGGGCAGUAAAAAACGUACGGAAGACCUUAGUAACACCCUGGCAACUGUUGUAAUUUUCAUUAAGGCUCGCCCUACUAACGAGACAGUUUGCCCAGUUGUGUGAGGAUGAAGCGCAUCAAACACUGCUGUUACACACAGAGGUACGCUGGUGGUCACGUGGACAAGUGCUUGUGCAUUUUAUGGAACUGCAGGAAAAAUUAAGGAAUUCUUGCAAGAUCACAAUCGACCACUGCGAACAGCUGACUGAAGCGUUUUGGAUCAAAACGGCAAACCUAGCAGAUACAUUCACUCUUUACAAUGAGACAAACAAGCGGAUGCAGGGUCCUGAAUGAAACGUCAUGCAGUGCAAAGACGCUCUCAACGCUUUUGUGCGGAAACUGGAGUACAGAGUUGGAAAAAUGUCAAAAGGGGAGCUACAACAAUUUCCACUGCUGAUGAAACAGUCUGGUGGCACUGUGUCUGUGUCUUUACGCACUGAGUUUACCCGGCACAUGAACAUGCUUCGGGAGGAAAUUAAAUCCUGUUUUGCCGAUGUUGACGAAUACUUAUCAAAGGAAUCGUGGGUGAUGGACCCUUACAUUUGCAGUCUCGAGGACGUGUAAUACCUCGGCUGUGAAGAUGAGCCUGCUGACCUUCAAGCCGAUUCUGUGUCAAAUAAAUAUUUCCACGAGAGCGGAUACAAAAAGUUUUGGAUUGUCAAAGGAUACGCCGUUGCACCCAGACUGGCCAAACACGCAGCUACAAGGGUUAUUCUACCAUUCAGCACUACGUACCUGUACCUGUCUGAAACGGCCUUCAGCGCGCUUGUAACAAUAAAUUCAAAAGCCUGUAACAGGCUCGAUGUCCACCAGGACUUCAGGCUGGCUGUCACUAGCAUCACACCUGACAUCCCAUCCCUGGUCAGCGGUAUGCAGGCCCAAGGUGGCCAUUGAUUGUAACUUGCUGUUUGUUAUUGUUACUUAUUGUUAUUUUUAUAACACAUACAUUAUAGCUGUGUCAAAACCAGUGUUCACAUGAUGUACAUGUGUGUAUGCAACAAACUGCCCGGUUUCAGUUAAUUGGUCUGAGGGAGAUCUAAGACAGAGCUAUAUAGGUGCUGUUAAUCACUUAUUACGCUGAUAAUGAAUCAUUAUUAUUAUUUUGGUAACAAUGUGUGUGUAUAGGCCUACAGUUAAUUAUACACAAAGAUAACCAGGGCAAACCAAAGAGAAAAGGAAAGGGGGGGGGGGGCUCAGCUUGUCUUAGAUACAAGUAGGGGGGGCUCCAAGGAAAAAGGUUGGGAAACCACUGCUAUAGUAGAUUCAGACAAUUUCAUAAUUGUUCUAGUUUUAGACAUGCAGUAUCGUAACAUAUUUAUGGAUAGGCUACAUUUGCAGGUGUACACAGCUCCGGUCCUUGAGGGCCACCCAACCACAGCACUGCUCAUGUCCAUCCUUAUAGAGACAGAUUAAGUAGGCCUACUGUACUGUAUCUGGAGUUGUGCACCCCUUGGAUGGCUUUGUUAUGCUAUUUCAUAUGAUCCCACUUUGUACUGAUUCAUGGUCACAUCCCCUUGAAGAGCUGGGCCUCAAGGGGCUUAGCUACCUUCUGAAGUAGAAGCCAGGCUUUAAGGUGUUAUUGUGGAGGUAGAACUAUUGUAAGACUCAGCCCGAACUGCUGAUGGGCUAUUUUGAAGGGGGGAUUCCCGUGUGCUAGCUUGCAUGAACUCUGUCUGGCGCAGAUGUUUGCUUCAGCGCAUUAUUAUUAAUGAUGAUGAUCAAAAGCAGCAUUAGGGCUGGGAAUUGCCAGGGACGUCACCAUACCAUAUUAUCACGAGACUUAGGUGCCGAUAGGAUAUGUAUUGCAAUUCUCAACGAUUCUGCUUAUUGCUCACUAUAUGUCAGCUGCAGAGAGACAAGAGCAUUAGAAAAUGAGUUUUGAUCAGUCAUGGAAGUACAAGUGCUGAAACUGUCGUAUCACCUACGGUCCAACGGAUCCUCUCAAUUGAAUAAGAUUAUCAGAAGAAUGUCCUUGUAUGGCUUCUCUGGUUUUAAUUAGUUUUGGUUCUGGCUGUGUCAGAAUGGCUUGUCUGUCUCUCCUCCCUCUGGCUGGUCCUAACAUCCUGUAGUGGUGUUGAUUUAGAUUACACAACCAUGCAAAACACUCUAUUCUCUUGGUUCAUAUCAACCACCUCUUGUUCAAAUGUUAGACUUCAAACCAAAUCUGUCUGUGGGCUAGGCUAUGUAAAAGAUGGCCUGAGUCCAUGUGACUAGUCUAUUUAAUGGAGACCUGAAUAUCACAUACUGGUAGAUCUAUAAAUAUAGAUGGUGAUGUCAGGUCUCCACCUUCAAAUGUACUGUGUCUCUCCUCCCUCUGCUGUGCUUAUCCUUUUCCCUCCAUCGCCAGCAGCUGAGUUACACUUCCUGUUCCUGUCUCCGCCCCCCCAGGUAGUGUCACUGACUGAGUACCACCGCCGGAUCGAUGCGCUAAACAGCGAAGAUCUGAAAUCUCUCUGCAAGCGGCUUCAGGUGCCCAACCCAGCAAAGUUCCAGCUCUCCAUUCCCUUUUUCUAGACUACGUCCCAAAUGGCACCCUAUUCCUUAUGUAGUGCACUAUGUUUGGCCACUAUUAUGUAGGGAAUAAGAUGCCAUUUUAGAUUUGCCCCUACCAGGCUCUGUUAGAGCUCCUCAGUGGGUUUCUGACCUCUUGCCUCUCACCCAGUUGGCCUACUUUGGCCUACCUGGGCUGACCUGGGCUAACCUGGGCCUGGGCUAACCUUGACCUGAGCUUACCUGGGCUUACCUUUACCAGGGGCUUGGGAUGGGCCGGCACUAUGAUGCUGCAGCCUCGUGUAGCAACUGUCCUAUGAGGAUAAUUUGAAGAGUUUUCUGCAACCAGCAACUAAUACCUGGUAGAGAAAGGGAGGAGGGUAAUUGAUGCCUUCAUGAAGGGCCCAUAAUGCCCUGCAUAUCUACUUCUCACAGCUCCUCACUGACCACUGCUGUGGUUAGUUUCAAGAAGGCCUCAUUACUGUUAUUAAUAGCCAUAGCUAAUUAGAUAGCCUAGGCCCAAGGUUGUCAUAGAGAGACAAAUAAUGUGAAUCAUAAUACAAUACGUUGUAGCCUAUAUCUGUUGAGGGAGGUGGAUUUUCCUGAGGUUUCUCGACUCUGUCAAUCACAUGUGGAAUUUGUGUUCCUCCACUUCUGAGUGACGCCUCACAAACUGUGUUCAUCCAUCCACAUCUGGGUAGUGAUGAACUGCUGCUUCCCCAUCCGCCUCUGCUUUCUAUUGGAGGGAGAGGGGAAGGGAGGGAGGUAGACGGGGAUGGUGGGUGGAAGUGGGAUUCCUUUCAAUCCAUUAAGUGGGUGCAGGAUUGUUUGCAGAGGACAAUGCAGGUAAUUCAACAGGACUGUAACGUGAUCACGGUCAGGCCACCAGUGGCUAGGCUCUCUACAAUCAGGUCUGUUAUGGAGAAAGAUAAACAACCCCGCUGGAACUCACAGUCCAGCGCUGUGUGUCCAGCUCAAUCACAAAUAGGUCUUCUGGACCACUCAUUAUUUACUGGAUGUUUUGCAUUCUCCAGCCAACAUUCCAAAUGUGCUAACUAUAGAAAUAUCCAGUGUCAGACGUUGUACAAUGUAGCCUCCUGAUUUGCCGACUGUAUAUGGAUAUAAUGCACAUUUCCAAGUGUUAUUGCAAUUUUGAAGAAGCCUACAUGUUUGUAUGAGCCAUUUAUGCUCCCAUAAGCCAAGGCUGGCUCCUUACCUUUACUAUGUGUUAUAGACAUAAAGGAGUCUGGUCUAUGUUCUCCCUAAACCCGUUGCUGCUUGAUUUAUGAUUUUCAAAACGGAGUUCAUUUUUUAUAUUAAGUAGGCCUAUCUUGUAUAUUUGCGUUUCCUGGGGCUCAUAUUACACUGCAAAUAAUCCUGCCUCUGCUGAUAUGAGACUUUAUUCAUAUCUUUUAAACCACCUGCUUAGAAGUCAAAUGACACACCCCCACUCCUAGUAAGUUAUGUGGUAUCGGUUUAUUAGCCUAUAGAAAACAUCUAGCACAGUGUUCAUCCCAGAGUCUGGCUGUGUCCCAAAUGGCACCCUAUUCACUAUAAAGAGCAUUACUUUUGACCAGGGCCAAGUAGUGCACUAUGUAGGGGAUAGGAUUCCAUUUGGGACAUAGCCAGACUCUGGGAUGAACACUGUGCUAGAUGUUUGAUAGACACCCCAUUACCCUCACUAGUUGACCCCCCACCCCUCCCACCCCUCCUGAACGCCUGUCUGACUGUUGUCUGUGUGUUUUUAGAUCACCACCAAGGAGGAGGUGAACUCUAAGCAUGCCACCUCUAUCAAGACGGAGCUGGAGCCUGAGACCUUCAGACCCAACCUCAGUGAACCUAGCGAGCUGCUGGAGGCACACCAGAUAGAGAAGGUAAUAACUCACACUGUUGACGGGCACAAUGACUUGAUCCAUACCCAUUGGCAUAUUGAUGCACUGAAACUGAUUGUCAAUAAUCUGCUUCCUAAAGCAUCCUCAUGAUUGACUUUCAACCACAGGCCUUCAGCCAGAGAUGUGCUGCCCCACCCUGGGGAGCAAUCUGCAUAGUGACAGCAGGUUCUUUAGCCUCAUCAUUACAAGGCUGAUGGCGUAGUAGCUGAAUCAGAGAAUCUCUAUAAAUUACAAUACUGGGAUGGUUGGGGUUUUCAGAUAAGGUCUGUUAGGGUUUUAACAUGGGUGAGGUGGGGUUUCUUCAGGAAAAAGGCAUAUUUGCAUGUAUAGCUGUUGGGGAAAAUGGAUUCUUGUUAGGACAUGCGUCGAAGGAAGGAGCCUUAGGAAUGUGUGUGACUAGCCUGCUGCACUCUCAUUGUAGGUCUCUCUGUGGUCUACACUUAAAGCCUGUUCUCCUGAGACUGUGGUUCUGGGUGUGUGGAGCCCAGUUACUCUCUAACAACCAGCUGUGUGAAAAGGUCACUGCAGCUGUAAUGGACCAUUGAUGGCCUUUCUCUCUUUCAUUUCCAUGUAUUUCUUCCCCCUCCAGCUGGCCAAGAACCUCCCUCCCCGUACCAUUGGGUACCCCUGGACCCUGGCCUAUGGCACCACCAAGCAUGGCAUGAGUAUCAAGAGCCUGUACCGGGCCAUGCAGGGGCAGGACACCCCCGUGCUGUUGGUCAUCAGGGACAGUGAUGGUGGGGUGAGUGGGACAACAACACUUCUCUAUUAGGCCUGAAUCCUAAAUCCAGAUCUGUGCACGUAAUUCAAAUUUGCGUGAAAAUCCUCCAUUAACAUCAAUGCAUAGUUUAUGCGAAAGUGUGUUAGGAUUGGGCGCUUGAGCUGUAAUAGAUUACCAUGGUCCCGUACUGUCUGUUUCCUGAUCUGAUGUGUUCUGGUUGGUUGUGUUGCUGCAGGUGUUUGGUGCAUUGGCAUCGGAACCUUUCAAAAUCAGCGAGGGAUUCUACGGCACGGGAGAGACCUUCCUCUUCACCUUCUGUCCAGAGUUUGAGGUAGGCUGACCUCUGACCUCUCUGAUUGGUGACCCUUAUUCUGAACUGACCAGUGUGGUCCAGUCACUUUUACUCCUAACAUCCAUUGUAAACUCAUCCACCCCUGCUCAGAACUCAGCAAUUAACAUGUGCAUCGAUAAGCUCAGUUGUUUGCCUUAUUAAAUGAAUGAGUCAUCAUAUUGUUAUUAGUAUGUCUCAUAUUCUCUUGACAAUGGGGAGCUUAUGUAAGAUGGCAUGAGACUUUGUAAUGAUAUAUUUACACAGAUGGUGCUCUGUUCUGUGUUGACAGGUGUACAAAUGGACAGGUGACAACAUGUUCUUCAUGAAAGGAGAUAUGGACUCCUUAGCUUUUGGUGGUGGAAGGUACGUGCCUGCUAUUUUUUUUCAAUGUUAAAGUUUUAUUUAGCAAUCAACUUUGUUAAGAUGUUAUGGUUAGUCUACAUUGCACAGUCACUGCUAGGUGUCUUCAGAAGAGUAAAAUGGUGCCUAUAGUCUAAGAUGAUCAGAAUCAGAACUUGCUGUCUGGAUUGAGUCUCUGAAGAUGCCGUGAUGUGUUUGUCUUGAUGUGUUUCAGUGGUGAGUUUGGCCUGUGGUUGGAUGGAGACCUGUACCACGGCAGGAGUCACUCCUGUAAAACCUUCGGCAACCCCAUGCUCUCCAAGAAGGAGGAUUUCUAUAUACAGGACAUUGAGAUCUGGGCUUUUGAAUAACAAAACCCACCACGGGAAAAAGAGAAGGACUAAACAUCCCUACAAUGGCAAUGUUGUCUCAAACCUAACUGCACAUCACCACCCUGCUCCAACCCACUGUCUGGGGCUCCCAGGACAGAGCCAGCUAAAGGAUGCGUGUUGUGCGUUCAUACGUUACUACUGCAGUUAUAACAGAGCUUUUCUUUGUGAAUUACCUUGUGUGUAUCUUGUUACAACUGUGUGCAGCGUCAUUGAGGAGGUGUACUGUCCUGUGCUUGACUUUACUGUGAGGCAUCAGGGGAUGUGUGGGUUUGUUUGAGACCGUAGGGAGGCCUUGUUGCAGAACCAAGGAGGAGCAAUCGGCUCGCUAUCUCUGGCCUCAGCAGGAGAUGAUGUCGGCUCAGGUUUAGGAUUGAGCGAGAGAGAGAGAGAGAGAAACUGCCGUAGUCCAGAUUAUCUGAAUUUGAGACACUCAAGGAACCCCGCCCCUCAGAACUUUGUUGAAGUCAGUCUGUAGGAUGUUACUAUAAGUGGUGUUACAAGCCUUUAAUGAAGAGAUCCAGUAAUAAAAUAAACAACAACAUGCAUUCCUUUGUUCUCAGAGGAGAAGUUUGAACCUGAAGGCAGAUUCUCAGCAGGAUGCGAGGAUGGGGAUGGUGACACUAUUAUGAGGGGGAAAAGUAUUUUACAUAUUUGGUUUACUUCUGAGGCAGAAACUACGUAUAGAGUAUUGUGUUUUGUAGUCCUCCUGUUGUUCACCAUCAUAGCACACACCAUCUCAUAGCACAUAGCUAGAAUCAGAAUAUUACCCAUUGUCGUAAUAAUAACGUUCUGUUCAGUGGGUGUACUACAUGUGAGUUCAGCUAUCACCGGCGCCCCUCAGGUGUCGUGUGUACUGUUCGUAGACAGUAAUGUGUUGCAAUAGAUUUGUGGAAUAUGCAAAUUACUGUCAUGUGACCUCAAAUAAUCCAGGUUGGCACUUUUCCUCGCCUGUCUGUGGUUCUUUCUCAGAGAGGACUUGUAAAGCUUUUAUGUCUUGAUCCACAAUUGCUUUUUUUCGGUAUAAUUUGAAAAGUCUGAGACGUGGUUAACUGUUUUACAUGCAUAUGACAAUUGUAUAUUAUUUAUAUAUAUUUGAUUAUAUAUAAAUAUAUUAUAUAUAUGUUGCUGUUGUGUGACAGUGAUCUUUUUGUGCUGAUAUUUCAGCUGUUACAAAUAUAAUGUAUAUUACCCUGUAAAUUCAUGUUAAAAUAGUAGAUUUGUUCCUAUAUAGAAAUACAUAUAUGAUUGGUGGGUUGCUUCUAGCACUUUAAUCCGGUCUAAAAGCGUUAUAAACCAGGUUCUUAGACUUCUAGUAGCUGUACAGUACUUUUUGUUUAGAAUCAUAAACAUGUUAACUGUUAGUAGAAAGCUUGCUGCUAUAAUAUUAAUAAGGGUAAAGCUAAACUAAUGCUCUGUGUAACUAAAGGAGAGUGGUGUGGAGGCUGAAUGUCGAAGAAGAAUUUAACUCACAAGUUAUUUUGAGUGGUGAGUCUUUGUUAGUAGGUAGACUGUUAACAGACUGUGGACUAAGAGAAAAUAUGUACAUUUAAACUUCACAGCAGCUUUCCUCCUCCUUUCUGGUUUUCCACACCAGUAUCUGUGUCUGUGGAGUCACAAAGAAUAACAUGGAUAAGUCCUCUAAUUAUUUUACAGGAAUACAAUGUAUUAGUGAUGUAUAAAUGAAUAAAUAACAAUAAAAUUGUUGUAACCUGGG